AGCUAGUAUUAAAUACCGAAGGAUUUUUCUCGUUCUAAAUUCAAAAACAUUUUAGACACUACCCAGCUGAGGAAGGUAUUCCCAUCUCUGUCUAGCUCAAAUUUCUGAAAUUGGUAAGUCUGGCCCUCGUAGAUUUGGGAUUUUCUCUUUGUUUGAGUGGGAAUUAGGGUUUGGGUUUGGUGUUAGUCUGAAGAAGAAAGAAAGGAGCAAAACGAUGCAGCAGCCACAGCAGAUGAUCCCCAUGAUGCCUUCAUUUCCCCCCACCAACAUCACCACCGAGCAGAUUCAAAAGUACCUUGAUGAAAACAAAAAAUUGAUUCUGGCAAUAUUGGACAAUCAAAACCUUGGAAAACUUGCUGAAUGUGCCCAGUAUCAAGCCCAGCUUCAAAAGAAUUUGAUGUAUUUAGCUGCAAUUGCUGAUGCGCAACCACAAACACCAACAAUGCCUCCCCAGAUGGCCCCACAUCCUGCAUUGCAGCAAGGAGGAUAUUACAUGCAACACCCUCAGGCAGCAGCAAUGGCUCAGCAGCCAGGUAUUUUUCCCCAAAAGCUGCCAUUACAAUUUAAUAACCCACACCAGAUGCAGGAUCCACAGCAGCAGCUACACCAGCAGCACCAACAGGCGAUCCAAGGGCAAAUGGGACUGAGAGCUGGAGGAGCCAACAAUGGCUUGCAUCCUAUGCAUACUGAGACUACCCAUGGAGGUGGCAGCAGUGGUGGUCCACCUUCUGUUGCAGGCCCAAAUGAUGUACGUGGAGGAAGCAAGCAAGAUGGCUCUGAGGUUGGGACAGCUGGUGCUGAUGGCCAGGGAAGCUCAGCUGGUGGGCAUGGCGGUGGUGAUGGAGAAUCUUCGUACUUGAAGGGGUCAGAGGAAGCAAAGUAGCAUGUUCUUUUCGUCCAUUCCACACGAAUGCAUGUGGCUGUUGAUAGUAGUUAUUUGUUAGGGUAGAAGCGGUAUGCUCUGAUGAUCUUUGAUUCAUCGAGUGAAGUGCCAAAAUUUUCACUUGUUCUAGUUUUGAACAGAUUAGGUAGGUGAAGUAUUUUUAGAGUCCUGGUAUGCAAUGAAUUCUGUUAUAAAAAACCUAUGGCUAGACAAGACAAUCUUUGUCGGAAGAAUAGAGUUGGAAGCUUGCCAUCUCUACCUUCAUGCAUGGAAUAUCAUGGAAGUUUUGUUGUA